UUCUCCGCGGCGCUCUGAGGCUGUGUGGGGCGCAAAGGCCCCCCUGCCCGGGUGAGGCGCGGGCGGCAGCGGGAUGCGGCGGCGGCCGUGGCGGGGUCGCGGUCCGGGCGGACAGGCGCGGUGAUGAGCGUAGUCAGCUACCGCCAUGUCCAAGGUAACGGCGCCCGGGCCCGGGCCGCCGGUGGCGGCGGGCGGGAAGGAGAAGCGCUCGUUCAGCAAGCGGCUGUUCCGGAGCGGCCGCGCUGGGGGCGGCGGCGGCGCUGGGGGCCCUGGGCCGGCCGCGCCCUCGUCGCCGUCGUCGGCGCGCUCGGUGGGCAGCUUCAUGAGCCGCGUCCUCAAGACGCUGUCCACGCUCUCGCACCUCAGCUCCGAGGGCGCCGCCCCGGACCGCGGCGGCCUCCGCAGCUGCUUCCCGCCCGGGCCGGCCUCAGCGCCGACGCCGCCGCCGUGCCCGCCGCCGCCCGCCUCGCCCGCGCCGCCCGCCUGCGUUUCGGAGCCGGUGCCCGGCGUGGCGGGGCUCCGCAACCACGGCAACACGUGCUUCAUGAACGCCACGCUGCAGUGCCUCAGCAACACCGAGCUCUUCGCCGAGUACCUGGCACUGGGCCAGUACCGGGUGGGCCGGCCGGAGCCCUCGCCCGAGCCGGAGCAGCCGGCGGGUCGCGGCCCUCACGGCCAGGGUGAGGUCACCGAGCAACUGGCGCACCUGGUGCGGGCGCUCUGGACUCUGGAGUAUACCCCGCAGCAUAGCCGAGACUUCAAGAGUAUUGUGUCAAAGAAUGCUCUGCAGUAUCGAGGAAAUUCCCAGCAUGAUGCCCAGGAGUUUCUGCUAUGGCUUUUGGAUCGAGUUCAUGAAGACCUCAACCAUGCUGUGAAGCAGAGUGGCCAACCCCCUCUGAAGCCACCAUCAGAGAUUGAUAUGAUGCCUGAGGGACCAUCUUUUCCUGUCUGUAGCACUUUUGUACAAGAACUUUUUCAAGCCCAGUACAGAUCUUCUUUGACAUGUCCUCAUUGUCAGAAACAGAGCAACACUUUUGACCCUUUCUUGUGCAUUUCUUUGCCAAUUCCACUACCCCACACAAGGCCUCUCUAUGUCACUGUAGUGUAUCAAGGGAAAUGUUCCCACUGCAUGAGGAUUGGUGUGGCUGUGCCUCUGUCUGGGACUGUUGCCAGACUUCGGGAAGCUGUGUCUAUGGAGACAAAGAUCCCCACUGAUCAGAUUGUGUUAACGGAAAUGUACUAUGAUGGGUUCCAUCGUUCCUUUAGUGACACAGAUGACCUGGAGACGGUUCAUGAGAGUGAUUGCAUUUUUGCCUUUGAGACUCCAGAAAUAUUUAGACCUGAAGGAAUUCUUAGUCAAAGAGGCAUUCACUUAAACAACAAUUUAAACCACUUGAAAUUUGGCUUGGAUCAUCAUAGACUGUCUUCCCCACCAUCAACUGCAGCGAAACCAGGGAAAGUGGAUUUGCCCACCAGAGUGGCAAGCGACAAGAUUGUUUUGCUUGUGUGUAACCGGGCCUGUACUGGGCAGCAAGGGAAAAGAUUUGGACUGCCUUUUGUCCUACACCUAGAGAAGACAGUAGCAUGGGACCUUCUGCAGAAGGAGAUCUUGGAGAAGAUGAAGUAUUUCUUGAGGCCUACUGUCAGCAUCCAGGUGUGUCCAUUCAGUUUGCGUGUGGUCAGUGUGGUGGGAAUAACUUACUUGCUGCCUCAGGAAGAACAGCCCUUGUGCCACCCAACAGUAGAAAGGGCAUUAAAGUCCUGUGGACCAGGAGGCACAGCUCAUGUGAAACUGGUAGUAGAAUGGGACAAGGAGACAAAAGAUUUCUUGUUUGUAAACACUGAAGAUGAAUAUAUCCCUGAUGCAGAGAGUGUCCGUCUGCAGAAGGAACAACAUCAUCAGCCACAAACAUGCACUUUAUCCCAGUGUUUCCAACUCUACACCAAAGAAGAACGGCUUGCUCCAGAUGAUGCAUGGCGGUGCCCACACUGCAAGCAGCUGCAACAGGGGAGCAUCACAUUAAGCCUGUGGACUCUGCCUGAUGUGCUUAUUAUACACCUCAAGAGAUUCCGUCAGGAAGGAGACAGGCGUAUGAAACUUCAGAACAUGGUUAAGUUCCCCUUGACUGGCCUGGACAUGACACCGCAUGUGGUUAAGAGAAGCCAGAGCAGCUGGAGCUUGCCAUCUCAUUGGUCCCCAUGGAGACGGCCCUAUGGACUUGGGAGGGACCCUGAGGACUACAUCUAUGACCUGUAUGCUGUGUGCAAUCAUCAUGGCACCAUGCAAGGGGGGCACUACACAGCAUACUGUAAGAACUCCGUGGAUGGUCUCUGGUAUUGCUUCGAUGACAGUGAUGUGCAGCAGCUGUCAGAAGAUGAGGUGUGCACACAGACAGCUUACAUACUUUUCUACCAGAGGCGGACAGCCAUCCCAUCUUGGUCGGCCAAUAGCUCAGUAGCAGGUUCCACAAGUUCUUCUCUGUGUGAGCACUGGGUGAGCCGGCUCCCAGGGAGCAAGCAAGCCAGUGUGACCUCUGCAGCUUCCUCCAGACGUACCUCCUUGGCCUCACUCUCUGAGUCUGUGGAGAUGACAGGGGAAAGAAGUGAAGAUGAUGGAGGCUUUUCUACUCGACCAUUUGUGAGAAGUGUGCAGCGUCAAAGUCUGUCAUCCAGAUCUUCUGUCACCAGCCCCUUGGCCGUCAAUGAAAAUUGCAUGCGGCCUUCUUGGUCCCUGUCUGCCAAGCUACAGAUGCGUUCCAGUUCUCCUUCCCGCUUCUCAGGGGACUCCCCGAUCCAUGGAUCUGCCUCCACCCUUGAAAGGAUUGGGGAGGCAGGUGAUGACAAAGUCUCCAUUUCUUGCUUUGGUAGUCUACGGAACCUUUCUGGUAGCCACCAGGAAUCAAGUGACAGUCACAGUAGACGAGAGCACAAGGUUGUGGGCCGGGCCCCACUGGCUGUCAUGGAAGGUGUGUUCAAAGAUGAGUCAGACUCUCGAAAAUUAAACUCCAGUGUUGUAGAAAAACCAAGCAAAAAUCUAGCACAAGGGGACUGCUUGGCCCCCAUCUCUGAUCCUUUUGAUAAUAAUAACCAGAUUGCUUAUGUGGAUCAGAGUGAUUCUGUUGACAGCUCUCCAGUCAAAGAGGUGAAACCUCCAAGUCACUCAGACUCCCUCACAAAGAAACCAGAGAGCACAACCAAGAGAUCGCCUAGUUCAAAAGGCACUUCUGAGCCAGAGAAGAGCAUGCGGAAGGGGAGGCCAGCCUUGGCCAGCCAGGAAUCUUCUCUUUCAAGUCCAUCCCCUUCUUCACCUGUUCCUGUGAAGGCUUCCAUGAAACCUUCCCGCUGUCGGAGCAAAGCAGAUUCUUCCAGGGCCAGUGGAAGGCAUUCGUUGCCUGCUUCUACCCAACCCAAAAAAGAAUCAUCCCCCAAGUCCCAGGAAUCCAUGUCAUCGCCUUCACCACAGAAGCAAAAGUCUGCUUCUGCCUUCACUUACUCCUCUUCCUCCAUAUCUGCCAAAAAAGCCCCAGGCCCUGCCACCAGGGGCUCCCUCCCUUCUGGGAAGAGCAGGACUAAUGACCAGAGCUUGAGUAGAGAGGGUUCUAGACAAAGCUUAGGCUCUGACAGAGCCAGUGUCACCUCCACUUCCAAACCCAGCUCCCCUCGAGUGAAUCCAGCCAGAGCAGGGGACAGCAGAGUUGAUGGCAAACAUGUUCGGAGCUCCUCCAUGGCCAGUCUGCGCUCACCUAGCACAAGUGUGCGCUCUGGGUUGAAGAGGGACAGCAAGUCUGAGGACAAGGGACUAUCCUUCUUUAAGUCAGCCUUGAGACAGAAAGAAACCCGGCGGUCCACUGAUCUUGGCAAGACAACCUUGCUGUCCAAAAAGGCUGGUGGGAGCUCUGUCAAGUCAGUCAGUAAGAACACAACAGAUGACAAGACAGAGAAAGGCCAUCAGCCCCAAGGCUCACAGCAGGCAAACACAAAUGCAGUUGGAAAAGAACAGCUUGUCUCCAAGGACCCUGCUUCUGCUAAACAUUCCUUGCUGUCUGCUCGCCGAUCCAAGUCUUCCCAGCUAGAUUCUGGAGUUCCCUUGUCUCCCAGUAGCAGGCUGACCACUGAGAAAGGCUCCAAAAAGCUAUCUUCUAGCAUGCAAACCUCUGCACGGCCUUCUCAAAAACCUCAGUGAUCUUCUGUAAUCCGGGUGUUUUAUCUGUACAGAUGUUUAUUUAUUUAGAACUCUUCCCUCCCCACUAAAGCCCUCUAUGCUUUUAUUUUGUAUUUUUUGGGGGUCAUGUGCCUGACUGUGAGAGAGUAUGAAUGUGUGUGUGGAAUUCAGAUUGUUAAAAGCGUCGCCUUAUUUUGCCAUUGAACCAAAUAAGAGCCAUAGGCAAAGCAUUGAUACCAAGUUAACUGGAAUAACUGUAGAAAAUAGUCUGGGUAGUCCCUUUAGCAACUGUACCAAUUUCUUUCUAGAAAACUCUACUGACUUUCAUUGGACACUAGGGUUUGGAAACCUGUGAAUCAAUUAAGCUAUCAGUGUGUAGACAGAUGAACUGUUUUGACUUGGGUUUCAUCUGAGCAGAAUUUAUCUUCGUAUAGAUUGUUGAGUGACAUCAAGAGCUUGAAAAAACAAACAAAAAACAAAAACUGUGACGCUAACAACAAAAUAAACCGAGGGAAAACUUGUUUUCUGCA